CGAGGCGCCCCGCCACGCGCGCCCGCCUGCCCGCGCCCCGCGCUCGCCCCUGCCCACGCCUCCACGCUCGCCACCUGUUCCAAAACUGAGAAUUCAUGUAUGUUAUUAUAGAUUAUAGAUAUUAUAGAUUGUCUCUUUAUUAAAUUAGCUUUCGGCUUUUCCAUAAUGGUGAAGUCUAAGUCAUCUUGGAAAAUUAAACACCCUCGUCAACAAAGUGGGAAGCAUUUUAUGGUGGCAUUUCGGUGCAACUUCGUGUUGACUGACUUUUUAGCCUAUAAGCUUUGGUAACUAUAAAUCCAACGUGAGGCACUGCUAAAAAAAAAGAAAAAAAAAUCGGGGAAAACAAAAAAAAAAAAAAAAAAAAAAAGAAAAAAAAGAAGAAGAAGAAGAAGAAAUUCUGAGAAUGGAUUAUUACAAAGCAAUAAAAAGAGCUUUGCUGUUGUUCCUCUCGUUUGCAUAUGCUGUGGCAUUCAAAUCUUCUAAUAUGAGUUGCCCAGAUGCCGAGAGGGAAGCACUUCUGAGGUUUGCCGGAGGUUUCAACCGAACUGCAGCUGUCUUCUUUUCUUGGGAGGGAAAAAAUUGCUGCAAAUGGGAAGGCGUGGAGUGCGACAACCGAACCGGACACAUCGUGCAUUUAGAUCUUCAAGGGAGAGAACUUGUCGGCAACAAAAUCAAUCCUUCUUUGCUCCGUCUUAAGCAACUGAGCUAUUUGGAUCUCAGCAGCAAUUACUUUGCAGGCAUAUCGAUUCCCCAGUGGAUCGGUUCGUUCGAGAAGUUAAACUAUCUUAACAUAUCUCAGUCGUAUUUUUUUGGGACGGUACCCGAUCAGCUCGGAAAUCUCUCAAGACUUCAAAUUCUGGAUCUUUCUGAGCUCAUUCCAUCUGCAAUUGGAAACUUGGCUUCUCUAAAGGUGCUUGAACUGGGCAAUGUUGACUUCGAUGCCGGGGUGCCGUCUAGUUUGGGCAAUCUCUGUGAGCUUCGCACACUAGAUUUUUCAGGUUCCACAAUUAAUUCCCGGUUAGAUGCACUCAAAGAGUCUUUUUCUGGAUGUCUCCAAAAUAGCUUGCGAGAGUUGUACUUAAGUAGCACAUCUCUAAGUGGCAACAUGCCGGAUUGGAUCAGUGACCUGAACAAUCUAAAUAUUCUUGAUCUUUCAUUGAACUCACUUUCCGGUUCAAUCCCCACCUCUUUUUGUAAACUAUCCACCUUACAGGUGUUCGCUUUUUAUAACAAUAAGCUAAAUGGCACUGUUCCGGAAUGUCUUGGAAACCUUAGUGAGGUAAAAUCUUUGGAUCUUAGCUCCAACGCUCUCAUCGGAGUUAUUUCAGAAUAUCAUUUUUCUAAUCUUACAAAGUUGGAGAUCAUCGACCUGACUUCUAACUCGUUGGUUUUGAAUCUGAGCAACAAUUGGGUUCCUCCUUUCCAACUCAGUGAUUUGGUCUUCCGUGGCUGUAAACUAGGCCCCCAGUUUCCCUCAUGGCUUCAUACUCAGAAGUCUCUAGCCAGCCUCGAUCUAUCUUCCACGGGGAUUUCAGAUUCAGUGCCAAAUUGGUUUUGGAACUCAAUGACCAAUCUUUCUACUGUUUAUCUCGCUAAUAAUGAGCUACAUGGUGUGAUACCCAACUUAAUAAAAUUCAGGGCUGAUACAGAUUUAUUUAUUGAUUUAAGUUCCAACUUCUUUGAGGGACCAGUGCCACGUUUUCCGUCAAACACGGCACAACUAGAUUUGUCAAGCAAUUCAUUUAUGGGCCCUAUUCCUGAUGAUAUUUUCCAGCUAAUGCCUAAUUUAAGUGCGCUUUUGUUGUCGAGGAAUAGAAUAAAUGGCAGGAUCCCCAUGUCUAUUUGUAGUUCACAAUUGAUUACCAGAUCAAUCUCAAACAAUAAUUUAUCAGGAGAGCUCCCAAACUGUCAAAAUAAUACUCAAUUAGAAGUUUUGGAUCUUUCAAAUAAUAAUCUUUCUGGAGGAAUACCCGAAUGGCUUUGUGAAUCGCCUCAGUUUCGAUCAUUGCACCUAAGGAAAAACAGUUUAUCUGGAGAGCUUCCCUCAUCCUUAAAGACCUGCAAGAUGCUGGAUACUCUUGAUCUUGGCGGUAACAUGUUUACAGGAAGGAUACCAAUCUGGCUUGGAGAGCUCUCGUCUCUCAAGAUUCUUAGCUUGAAAUCAAACAAGUUUGUCGGCCGAAUUCCAACAGAACUCUCUAAUCUUACUGCUCUCCGAAUCUUAGACCUCUCAAACAACAAUCUUUCAGGGCCGAUACCGAUGACCUUCGGCAACUUCAUGGCUAUGAGGAACCCUCAUACAAACAUUGGACCUAUCCUAAACAGCACAAUUGGUAUUCAUGAUGAGAAUAUGAUAUUGGACAUCAAAGGAAGAGAAGAUCAAUAUGGUAGUGAUCUUCUUUUGCAGAUGACGAUCUUGGAUCUCUCUAGGAAUAGCUUGUCGGGACGCAUACCCGAUGAACUAACAAAUCUUCUGGGAUUGUUGAUAUUCAACUUGUCGAGUAAUGAUCUAACAGGACAAAUACCUUUCAAGAUCGGCGAUCUGACGCAACUAUUAUAUCUGGACUUGUCGAGAAACAAGUUAUCAGGAGCAAUUCCUUCUAGCUUGUCCGACUUAAGCUUCUUGGAAAUCUGGAACAUAUCGUACAACAACUUCUCAGGAAGAAUUCCGAUGGACACAUUCACCGACCCUAACAUAUAUGUCGGAAACCAAUAUCUCUGCGGAUUCCAAAUAAAUGUGAGUUGCCCAGGUAAUGAAGGCCAAGCCGAAGGCCCGACAAUUGGCCAGUUAAGUCGUACUCCACCGACUGUUAAUGGUCGUGCAGGAUCUGAUGUUUCAAAAAAGGCAGAUGAAAAUCGAAAAGAGAUCUUACUCCUUUGCCUUAUUACAAUAGCAGGAUUUGCAGUUGGAUUUUGGCCUAUUACUGGAGCCCUGUUGGUUAAUAAAAGAUUUAGGAUUUGGUGGUUCCAAUAUGUAGACAGUUUGUAUGAUACUCUCUAUGUAACCUCUAGAGUAUGGUUUGCAAGACUUAAGAAAAAGAUGUCAAAAAUAAGCGCAACUGAUGGCUAAAAUGUAAUGAUCUGAAAAUUAAUCAAUUUUGCUAAAUAAAAUCAGAAUUCUCUUUUCUA